CACCCACUGUCAUUCUGGUUCAAGACCUGGGAGAGUGACAGAGUAAGACAAGACAAAGAACUGAUCAAACCUAAGGUCCCAAGAGACACUUUGUAGCAGCUUUGGGUUGAAUCAUUUAAUAUUAAAAUGAUCAUGGUCAAGUGCAAAAACAGCACAGGAUGAGGACUACUCAGACCCACUGCACACAGACUGCACUGUGACCGUUAUCAGCUGGAGGGGGCUGCAGCAGACUGAUAUAGGACAGAGUUGACUGACUGUAACCCGAUCCUCUUAACUCCUGUAUUUCCUCAUGAUUGUCAGUGUCAGUGUGAGUGUGUAUGUGUAUGUGAGAGAGAGAGAGAGAGAGAGAGAGAGAGAGAGAGAGAGAGAGAGAGAGAGAUUCUCACUGGUUUCACACAACAUAAAUUGAACAGCACACAGGGUUACUGUACAGCGCACAGGAUAAGUGGAAGCAAUAUGUCAGAGACCAACCCAGGGGAUUUGCAUUCACCUGUGGUUCUUCGAGAUCAGUCCACUAACGAAUCGCAUGCUCCAUCCAUGACAGUGUGGGGGUCCAGAGUGAAGCGCUGCAUGGGGCCUAUCGUCUACACGGCUCCCCCAGAUGGUGGCUGGGGCUGGGUGGUGGCAGUCUCCUUCUUCCUGGUGGAAGUGUUCACCUACGGAGUCAUCAAGAGCCUGGGCAUCUUCCUCCAGGACCUAAUGGGGGAGUUUGGGGAGAGCAACAGCCGAGUUUCUUGGAUCAUCUCCAUCUGUGUCUUCGUCAUGGCCUUCACUGCUCCUCUCGCUUCUGUGAUGACCAACCGGUUUGGCUUCCAGACAGUUGUUAUGAUUGGUGGACUCCUCGUCUCCAUAGGAACCAUCGCCAGUGGCUUCACCAAAUCCAUCAACGAGAUGUACAUCACCAUCGGACUCGUUGCAGGUCUGGGGUACUGUCUGACCUUCCUGCCCACCAUUACUCUCCUGUCCCAGUACUUCUCCCACCGACGCUCCCUGGUCACAGCUGUCGCCUCCACAGGAGAGUCCUUCUCUGUGUUCGCGCUCGCCCCAGCCUUCUCUGCUCUGAGGGACUGUAUCGGCUGGCGUUACACCCUGGUGGUGAUCGGAGCUCUACAGGGCAUCAUCAUCAUCUGUGGAGUUCUGCUAAGACCCAUCAUCAUCAGACCUGGACCAGCCACAGAGACAGAAACUGAUGGACUGGCUGACAAAGAGCUGAAGGCUCUGAACACAGAGGAGGAGUACUACAGUAAGGAGAGGUUGUACACUAAGGGCAGUUCAUAUGCUAAGGAUGGGUCUUACACACUGCAGAGGGAUAGCAAGCUGGCUCAUCGUUACUCCCUGAGCUCUGGAGAGUCUGUAAACUCUGAAGUUCAGUCCCUCCAUCACCAGGUCCUGGAGGACGGCAGUAAGGCAGGGGAGGAGAUAGACGAGGAGGAGGCGUCUUCACAGAGGUGCUUAGGAAGCAAGGAGAAGGAUGAGAAGCAGACACAAACACUAUCCCCCCAGAAACUCCUUGACUUCUCCAUGUUAAGAGAAGGCAGCUUCAUCUGCUACGCUCUCUUCGGCCUUUUUGCCACAUUGGGUUUCUUCGCCCCUCAGCUCUACAUCAUCGAACUGAGUGUGAACCGUGGCGUGAUGCGUCACCGCGCCGCCCACAUGCUCUCCGCCAUGGCCUUUGCCGAGAUCUUCGGCCGCCUCUCCAUUGGUUGGGUGCUAGGCAGGAAGCUGUUCAGAGGCAGGAAGCCCCUGGUGCUGCUGGGAUGUGUAGUUCUGCUGUGCCUGGUGCUGGUGGCCUUUACCCUGGUGUGGGAGUUCUGGGGCCUGGCCGUGUGUUGUGGGUUCUAUGGCUUUUUUAUAGGCACCGUGUCGUCGACACAUAUACCCAUGCUGGCAGAGGAGGAUGUGGUGGGCAUAGAAAGGAUGUCGUCAGCUGUGGGGGUCUAUGUGUUUAUACAAAGUUUCGCUGGGCUGGCGGGACCACCUCUGGGAGGUGUUCUUGUGGACCUGACUCAGAACUACGGCUCAGCGUUCUACUCCUGUGCGGUGGGUAUGAGUCUAGGGGCUGUGUUCCUGGGUCUGGUACGACCAGCCAAGAGAGGCCUGCUCUGCUGCUGCACAACCAGGCCUCAGAGCAUUUCCUAUUAUUCUAAAAAUACGAAGUGCUCUGAGACCAGGUUGUACAGCAGGAGGGGGCAUCAGAACCUCCCAGAACCCAUGCAGGUGGGGCCGGGGAACCCUGUACCUCAGCGAGAGGGGAAGGAGGCCCAGGACAGAGACAGUCCUCAGGACUACCUAGAAGUUAACCUUGAUUUGGACCAGAAAACGUUACUGAAAAAGGCCAACAGAUGACAAUCUCUACUUGAAAAGACAUCACAAAGAUCUGGUUUUGGGUGUCUGGAGAGUGGCUCACACUGAACAAAGGAAAUCCCAAUCACGGCCGGUUAUGAUACAGCCUGAAAUCGAACCAGGGUGUCUGUAGCGACGCUGAAAUGCAGUGCCUUAGACCGCUGCGCCACACGGGAGCCCAUGAACAUGAACACACUGUUUUGGCUCAUGGUAUUGUAAGAGAGGAUACAAAUAAUAUGUAGAUACAUGAAGUCAGCUGUGAAGAAACAAUAACACCAUGACAUCAUGUUGUAUUCAAUUACUUUUUAAACGUCACUUUACAUUUUUUAGACAAAGCAAUCACUUGGUACUAAUAAAAGAUAAAUAUCACAA